AUGAGCUAUGGAGGCCAUGAAAGUUCUAUUGAAUGCCUUUGGAUCAAGAUUAGAGGGGUCAUCACCAAGGGACAUCUUAUGUCCGAUGCCUGCUACCAACCUCCCAAUCGGGAUGACAAGGCUGAUGAAACCUUACUUUGGCUGCUUAAGGAAGUCUCAGGCCAACAGAACUUGCUCCUCAUGGGUGACUUCAAUUACAGGGACAUUUACUGGGAAAGCAACAUAGCAGUGCACUAUAAGAAGCGUUGUCAAGGCCGGAUGCGGAAACAUGUCGGUGACCUGUGUUUACAAGCUGGCAUGUUACAAGAUUCCUUGGUGCAUUAUCACAUGGCGGUGGAACUUCUGCGGUCUGUGAAUGACUUUCUGUGGCUUGGAGCUGCUCUUGAGGGGUUAUGCUCAGCAUCAGUCAUCUAUCAUUAUCCUGGUGGUACUGGCGGUAAAGUUGGAUCUCGCAGGGCACAAGGAGGUUCUUUUUCUGCUGAGGCAGGCAACAGGCACAGACCAGGGGCACAAGAAGUUCUCAUUGAUCCAGGUGCACUGACUUCAAAUGGUAUAAAUGCAGACACCAGUGCUGAGAUAGGACGUGCCAAGAAUUGCCUUAGUCCUGAAGACAUCAUAGAUAAAUAUAAAGAAGCCAUUUCUUACUAUGGCAAGUACAAGAAUGCUGGUGUGAUUGAACUGGAAGCCUGUGUGAAGGCAGUGAGAGUCCUUGCAAUACAGAAAAGGAGCAUGGAAGCCUCUGAGUUUCUUCAGAAUGCAGUUUAUAUCAACCUUCGUCAGCUUUCAGAGGAAGAAAAAAUCCAGCGUUACAGCAUUCUUUCUGAGCUUUAUGAACGUAUUGGUUUUCACCGAAAGUCUGCUUUUUUCAAGCGUAUAGCAGCAAUGCAGUGCGCUGCACCUAGCAUCCCAGAACCAGGCUGGAGGGCCUGCUACAAAUUGCUUUUGGAAACUCUCCCUGGCUAUAGCUUAUCACUGGAUCCUAAAGAUUUCAGCAAAGGAACUCAUAGAGGAUGGGCUGCAGUACAGAUGCGUUUGCUUCAUGAACUAGUAUAUGCAUCCAGAAGAAUGGGAAAUCCUGCUCUGUGCGUCAGGCAUCUGUCUUUCCUCCUCCAGACCAUGCUGGAUUUUCUUUCUGAUCAAGAAAAGAAAGAUGUAACACAGAGUUUGGAAAGCUACACAGCAAAAUGCCCUGGUACAAUGGAAUUCAUCACUCUUCCAGAUGGUUUGAAGUUACCUCCUGUUCCGUUCACCAAAUUGCCUAUUGUGAGAUCUGUGAAACUCUUGAACCUCCCGACCAGCCUCCGACCUCACAAAAUGAAAAGUCUGCUUGGUCAGAAUGUGUCAACCAAAAGCCCCUUCAUAUAUUCUCCGAUUAUUGCGCACAGUCGUGGGGAAGAGCGAAAUAAGAAAAUAGAUUUCCAGUGGGUCCAGGGAGAU